ACUUUUGUGGGAAAAUAUAACGCGUUAUUUCGUCUGCAACAGCUUUCAGAUCACUUUGAAUUCGCAAUCAAAUCUAAUCUUCAGGAAAGUGAUAUCUUCUUCGCYUCAAAUCAAACUCGGAUCAAUCUUGAAUCCGAAAGUGGGCAUAAAAUUAAUCCACAAAAACUCGCGACAAAAGUGCGCCUAUUCUGUGCCGAAAAAAGAUCUUUUCGCAAAACAAGUGGGCGAGUCCCGUAAAAAGCUUCAGUGACGUCAGAGCGCUGUGAUUGGCUGAAAUUUCCCCGAAAUCAAUUAGCGUUGCCAGGAUUUUACUGGUGGUAAUCAAGUGACGAAUGACCUCUGAAUCUACCUAAACAAUCAUCCAUGUUAAUAAUAAAUAGUCAAGAUCUUCGAUCUUUUUUUCUUUGAUUUUUCUGACUUUGGACGAGCCAGAAAAAUCUCCUCGACUUAGGAGUGGAGCAAUGCAAUGGUCGGGGUGCCUUCGCCAUGUCUCUGUGUAAACCUCGGGUUGGUAUUUUUACUGGUUUGUGUUGAAGCCUUCGGGGAAGUCUCGACGAGAGAUGAGAAGAUCUUCACGAAUGGUUGGGCGAUUCGGGUGCACGGAGGGCUAGAGGAAGCGAAGAAGAUAGCCAAAGCACACGGCUUCGAGGAUGUUCAUCCGAUCGGUAGUUUAGAGGGAUACUACCACCUCGAGCAUCCGGCUCAUCCUCGUCUUUCCCGACGGAGCGCCGAAGAUAGGACGAGCCAGUUGUUGGAUACACCAGGGGUAGCAUGGGCCGAGCAACAGCACGAGAAAGUACGCGUGAAAAGGGGUCAUUUUCACGAUCGUAUGGUAGCCAGAGGGAUUAUACCGAGGUUUAAGGAUCCAUUAUGGGAUGCUGAGUGGUAUUUGGAUGAUAAACGUAAAGACAAAGACCUUGACAUCCAAGUCAUUCCAGUAUGGAAUCAAGGAAUCACAGGGAAGGGUGUGGUCGUUACCAUCUUAGACGAUGGUAUAGAACACAACCACACAGAUAUCAUUAAAAACUAUGAUCCUAAUGCAAGCUGGGAUGUUAAUGGCAGAGACAGUGACCCUUUUCCUCGUUAUGACCCAACCAAUGAAAAUAAACAUGGUACAAGGUGUGCAGGCGAAGUGGCUGCACAGGCCAAUAACACCAAAUGUGGUGUAGGCGUGGCAUUUAAUGCAAGGAUUGGAGGAGUACGCAUGCUUGAUGGUCGUGUGACAGACAAGGUGGAGGCCGAGUCUUUAAGUCUUAAUCCACAAUACAUUGACAUAUACAGCGCCAGCUGGGGUCCAAGUGACGACGGCGCUACUGUCGAAGGGCCUGGUGCACUGGCAACGGCUGCUUUCCUAAAUGGCAUUGAAAAGGGUCGAGCUGGCCUGGGUUCUAUUUUUAUAUGGGCGUCAGGUAAUGGUGGUCGUCAUGGAGAUAGUUGUAACUGUGAUGGGUAUACCGAUAGUAUUUAUACGCUUUCAAUAAGUUCUGCGUCAGACCAUGGUGAGUCACCCUGGUAUUCUGAAAGUUGUUCGUCUACUCUGGCUACUACAUUCAGUAGUGGGGCCCAUGGCGAGAAGCGAAUAGUCACCACGGAUCUGCACGACACUUGUACGGAGAGACAUACGGGAACUUCAGCCUCGGCCCCAUUGGCAGCCGGGAUAAUUGCUCUUGCCUUAGAGAAAAAUCCCAAAUUAACGUGGCGAGACGUUCAACACAUCGUAGUUUGGACGUCCAAUUAUCUUCCACUGAAAAAGGACAAUGAUUGGACCACCAAUGGAGUAGGUUUGAAAGUAAAUAGUAAAUUUGGCUUCGGCCUUUUGGUAGCAGAGAAGAUUGUCAACAUGGCUGACCCUGCCAAGUAUAAAACUGUUCCGAAAAAGAGACUUUGUCGAGGGCAAAUUCACCAGGAUGCUAAACCUAUCAAACCUAAUCAGAACCUAACGGUCCCUCUUCACGCAAGUGGGUGUCCUGGCACUAAAGAUGAAAUACGGUAUUUGGAACACGUGCAGCUACUCAUCAGCCUCGACUACACGCGCCGCGGAGACCUGGUAAUAUACCUUACGUCUCCGAUGGGAACCAAGUCGUGUUUAUUGCCACCAAGAAAAGAAGAUAUGUCGAAUGAAGGGUUUUCAAAAUGGCCGUUUAUGACAACACAUUCAUGGGGAGAGGACCCUCGAGGAGUGUGGACAUUGGAGAUCAAAGACGCUGGUGAUACCAAGGUCGGUCAUGGGACCCUACGAGAAUGGCAGUUAAUAUUUCACGGGACUAAGGAAAAACCUAGCCAUCAAACAGUAACACAUCCCGAUAAACCACGUCAUCCAGUACCAGUUCCCUCCAGUCCUAAGCUGAGUUAUAGCGCUAAACUUGUACCAAUCAAAAACACAUAUAUAUUUGGUCCUCCGCCUGUGAUCAAGAAACCGUUUAGUUACACGACGUAUACAUCACCGCCCAUAGCAAAACCUACUAAGCCUACACAGGCUAAACAAGUGAAUAAUCCCAAGGCUUUAAUACCCUACCCACAACAGCAUCCAGCUACGCAUCUUAUCGUAGCCCAAGUACAAAGAAUUAACCCACAACUCCGUGCGAGAAUUGCAGCACAGAAAUUCGCCCAGCAACAAGCAUUAAUUGCAAGACAAAAAAACCUACAUGCUUUAGGACCUCCAUUAUAUGGUCCCCAAAGGACUCCACAGGCCUUUGUGCCCAAGCCCUCUGGCUAUAUAGCCCCUCAAGCGGCUCAUUAUUAUCGUACUUAUUACGCGCCUAAUCGAAGACCAACUAUUAUUAGGAAUCCAUAUUUGAGGACUAGAAUCCCAUUUCAACCUGCGGUAAGGUGGAACGGGUUUUAUCCGAAUACGUUAUUCGGCCCAUAUCAGUACAUGAGGACAUUAGGCAGGCGUGGACUUUUCGCCAAGGGGUCUUUUCAAAGGUCCAGACACAACAGGCUUAGCAAGCUUAGAAAAAAAUGGAGAAAAAAAGCCCAUUGAUAAGCUUGUUUAGGUAGCAUUUUUAAAUUUCCUAAAGGGGGGUUCCCACGGGGAAUAAAUAGAGGGUACCAGGGGUGGUAUCCAAGGGGCUUAGUGUUUGACAUAUCACGUGAUAUACUCGUGAAAAUUAUGGGGAUAUUGAUGACGUCGUUAAUGACGUCAUUGGCUUUUUUAUUCACUUUUUAAAUUGACAGUACCCUACUAGCGCAACCGGAACAAUAGCACAACUCGAAACUAACGCGCGUGUUUUUAAGUCGCACUAUGGAAUAAUGAUUGUCAGGGAAUGCUUGGACUAAAUGCAUUCUGGGAAUUUUUGCUUUGCUCGUUACGUCAUCACUGCCACAUUCUUCACUCAUACACCAUUGCCCGAUUUCACAACGCGAGAGACUGGGUACAAGUAGCUUAAUUCGUACGAUUGUGAGAUAAGACUUACAUAGAACGAAAGAUCGCACCGUAAAUAAGAAACUCACAAAAUUUGGCGUUAAUCGGAUCAAAUUUAAACAAUUACAAAGAAAUGUAUGGGAACUUAGAAAAAUUUGGACGUAGCGUCCGGCAUUCUAUACACUUCUUCGGAAAUUCUUGCGUUUUUGAAAGGCGUAAAUCGUUUCAUAUUGACACCAAAUUCGGACAUUUAGUACGUCUCAAUACGUUCUUUCGUUCUAUAUGGAUCGUAUUCAUCCAUCAUGCCAAUUAAGGGACUUGUACCAAUCUCACACGGUAUGAAAUCAGGCAAUGAAUGCGAUAGGCUUGCUAUUCAUUUGUCAGGGAAGUUUUUGUAAUGUGGUUAUACAAACCAGGAAUUCUACCUAUACUCAGAAUGGAUUUAAUGCCAUUCUUUUUAUUACCGAUUGGUUACACACAACUUAAAAAGGCGACCUAUUCUAGUAAUUCCCAUUCUAGAAAGGCGAGUGCAAAACGCAUCCUUAGAUUGUAUCUGUAUGAUACGCAGAAGCGUUUAUACAUCUUGUCUGUCUCUACUACAUAAAUAAUUCACCAAACAUCAAAAAUCCUUUUUUAUGUCCUCUAGUACAUGUCCCCGGCUGUAAGAAGGGUGCAAAUAUAGCGCCUCUGCCCUUCGUAUAACCGGGUCCAGAUAGGUUAAGGGCCCAGUCCACACUACGCCGGAUUAUUUUUGUCCGACGUUUUUGAAUAGAUCCGGCGUAGUGUUGGCAAAACCUGGUACAAUACAUGUGUUCUUGGUUCGCAAAGGAAAGCGCGUGUUAGCUGGGCUAAGACGAUGCUUUUAAUAGGGGCUGUUCAAUAAAUUUGUGCCGUCACUUCUUAUGUAUAUAUAUCUGCAGUAUUGUCUGCCUAGACGUAGGUUUAAACGUAAAUAAAUCCAUCAAUUCGAAUGUUGUA